AUGGCCUUUGGCGUUCUGAAGCUGAUAGCCGCCUUUGCUGCGUUGGCCUUGGUCCUCCGUCGUAUCCUGCGAAACUUGUGGCUUCGGCAAAAGUACGACCUUCACCGGAUCCCGGGCCCCCCGGGGUACCCGCUCCUGGGCAACCUGCCGCAAGUGCUGACGUGGGACAAGCCGCAGAUUCACCUGAAGGUGUUGGAGUGGGUCAAGGCGUACGGGAAAGUCAUCAAGAUUAACCUGCCACCAGCUGGCUACACAGUGUACAUCACAGACCCGGCCUGCAUCCAAGCCAACAUAACUGGACAUGGCAUCCAUGGCAUGUCCAAGCCGUCACGCUAUGGACUUUUCCAGAAG